GCACGCUGCAGCCAAGUUACUAACUUUUGUGUGUCGUCCACCAUCGGUCCAUCCUGAAGUGGAGACGUCCUCGGAGAGAGAGUUUUUGGGCCCUAAUUCACACGAUUCGUCCUUAUUUUAGUUAUUAAUCGUUCCAGCGUCAAGCUCAUUCACGGUAUUGAUCAUUUUUGCAGAGUUGUGGCCGAUAUCCAGGCAGGAGGACGUACGUUUAUCGCAUGCGGGAGGCCCGAACUUAGGCGCCGACGUACCAUCGACAACGAUGAAAGUACAUCGGCGUGGUGCUUCUUCGCCGUCGCUGUUGCUGGAAGCUUCCGAGCCUCCGACAUCUGUCAACGUUAAUGGCAACUACUAUCAAUUCGAAUUGGAACCGCAUCAUGUGGAACGCGGUAAACGCGGGCAGAAGGUGUUCGUCUGUGACCUCUGCCCGGCACCUGGAGGUGUAUUUAAACGCUCCUUUAGUCUUAAGCGCCAUUACUUGCGCUUUCACAUUAAUUUUGCCUUCCUAAGCCCACGUGAUCUUAACAAUUGCGCCAUUGCCGUAGCCGGCCAGCAUCAACGAAGUGGAUUUCCACCAACAGGACCCAAUGACAGAUUGAUUAAUCGUCUCAAUAAUUCAUCUCCGUUGCUAUUCCGUUGUCAUCAGUGCGGCCGUCUACUUAGGACCAAGAAUGACUUGCUCAAACACUUGGAAGCGCAUCCGGGACCAUCUCAGACGGUGACCGAAGAAAAUGGUGACGGGCAACAAGGGGGCACAAAUCGCUGCCCUCGCUGCAGCACUGCCUUUUCGUUACGUAAAACACUGAUGAGACACAUCAAGAAGAACCGAUGUCGUGGAGGAAAUCCCCCUCCUCCUCUUCCUGAUAUUCCUGACACACAUUCUAAACCGGAAUCAGAAACAGGUAUUCAGUCUGGAGGAACAAGUGAUCCGGGUGAUGAUUACCUGGCCAUGGGCCCAGAAGAGGAGAACGAAGAAAUGGACAUGGAGGCAUCUUUAAGACUAGGAAGUCCGACAUCCCUCUUCCGGUUCGCUUGCACUUUGUGUAACAAGAUGUUCAAUUCGUACGUCAACAUGUGCCGCCAUCGCCGACUAGCUCAUGGACGCUACGGCAUCUGUUCGCCUCAUUGGCUCUUGUCGCGCAAGCUGUCCAAUAAGCCGUCGUUGAAGCAUGCGGUGCAAUCACCAAUCAAUUCAUCUCGGAAUCCCCAGAUUUUUCAUGAUUUAUCACAUAUUGUUACCAAUGCCAACGAUAAUCUCAACCGGUUUAUUGAUGGCAAAAGAAAUAAUAUUCGCUCCUUGGCUCCUACCGAUGACAGAUUUGAAGUGCAGCCAACUGAUAGUGGUAAUCCGCCUCCGGAGCGUUGGUCUUGGGGAGAGACCAGUUAUAAUGCUACCGAAUUACAGAAAUUGGAUGUGCCUCUCCAGAUGGCCUAUUAUUAUGGGCUCAAAUCGUUGAAGUUGCAAGAAACUGCCAAAACGCAAAGCAGUUCUAGUCAGUCGGCACCGGAAGAAAUGGAUAUUUCAAAAGUGCUUAAUUUGCGUAAAACUGUCGAAACUUCAUCACAGGAGAAAGUGACGGCAAUUUCGCAGCCGGAAUUCAGUGGCGAAUGGAUUCGAAGCAAAAACUACAUUUGUUCGCCUUGUGGUGAAAUAUUUCAAGAUUUCCUUGCUUUGUUGGAUCAUCAGCAAAACGGUCAUAGUGGUGUUUCGUGUACACAUAUACAGCUAGAUCAGUCAACAGAGGCUGAAUUAGCUGACGAGUUAAAGAGACAAAUAAUGCGUUCCGGCAAUGGUGGACAAAUUCUUCCUCUAGAUACCUUUCAAUGCACAAAGUGCCAUUUCAGCGUUGAGUCAAUUCCGGAACUUCACAGUCAUAUCCUCCUAUGUUCCAAUCACGUAUCUGCCAGUCCCUACCGAAAGCGUCGUGUUAAAGUGAAUCCCAGAUCCAGACGAGGUCACUGGAACCAAAAUGAAGCCCCUAAUGGAGGAAGCAGAGGUCUGCAGAGAACUAAUUCUAGCCUAACGAAAAACUCUUCAGCUGCACGUUCCCUUCGCAGUCGUUCACCUAAAGAAGAUGCCACAGAUAAAGGCACACCUGGAGCACUGCGGAGAAGUACUCGGCGUGUUUUAUCUUUCAGUGAACCCGCACCCACAAAGAAGAAAAAUGGUAUUACAAAAAGAAUUUUGCGUCAACGAGUGGAUCCACUGCUAAUCAAUGGAUCCGCGGUUUCAAAAAGUGUUCAAAUUGAAGUCAAGAAGAAAAAUGGUGUUUCAGUGAAUUCAAAGUCUACAUCGAAAAUCACUGUUGAUGUUCACGAGUGCGACGGAUGCCAAAAGCAGUUCCAGUCACACACAUCUGUCCUCAAGCACAAGCACUACUGCCCCAAGAAGUCAAAUGAAUCCUCUGCUGUUCCCAACAAUGCUACUACGCCUGUCUCAUCCAAAAAUCAAAGUAAUGGAUUAUCAAAAGCCCAAACUAAGAUUCUGGCUUACGAAACAGUCAAAACUGAACCCAACCUUAAGCGUUCCAACACUAAGCGAAAAUCAGAAGUUCUUUCGACUUCUCCAAUUAAAAAAUCUAAGGUAACCGUUCUUUCUGAUACCAAAAGUAUUCCCUCUUCAAAUUCCAUUUCUCCGAAGAAAACAUCGAGAAAGUCCGUGCCUUCUGCCACUCCUACUCAAGUGUCGUUGGCCAAAACUCCAGCAAAACCCAAAUCAACUUUGAAAAGUAUUGCCGGAAUAGCUAAAUCCAAUCGGAGCACAACCAAGAAAGGAAAUGAAGAAAUUGAAGAAAUCGCAGUAGCAGCAGAGGGGAGACCAGUUCGUUCAAGUAGGAGGGUAUCGAUGACGUUGGCCAUGGAAGAUCAAGUGGAGGCGAGUUUCUUGGAGGCAUUGUCACCAGAACAAAGAGUUCGAGUUGCAGAGCAGAAAUGUCCAUUUUGUUCCAAGCAUUACGUGUAUCGCAGCAACUUCAAAAGACAUUUGCUCGAGGGUUGCGAUACAAUUGAUGUCGAUGAGCCAUCCGUUAACCUCACUCCAACUAACAACAAGAAACCAAGUGACGAUAAAAUCAAUAAAGAAAAAAAAUCUUCUGUUUCUUCAAGUUCGGUUUUAAAAGCGGAAAGAAAAGAGAAACGCCAAACAAUUGAAUCGGAUUUAAAGAAGGUUGAAAACAAGCCCCCCAAAAAGAAAAAGGCAGAAGAGAUUCCGGAAGGAAAAAUUAAAAAAACUGUUGAAAAGAAAAGUAAUAAGACGCCUCAUUCGCCUAUUUCAAAGUCAUCAAAGUUGCAAGAGCUAAAAAAAUCAACAGAAACUCGUUCGCGGAAAGAAGCAGUCAAGUUAACUCCGUCGCCAUCCAACCAGAAGGCGAAGCAAAUUCACAGUAAAAAGACGCAAAAUAAGAUAGAAAUAGCAAAACAAAAUAGAAAUGGAAAACCCUCGGCAAGAGAAGAAGAAAAUAUGAACAACGUUACUAAGGUCAGAGGCGAAGAAAAUAUUACGAAGAAUUCUGAUAAAUUUGACCUUCCCAAAAGAAAUGGAAGGAAACCAACUGCCGCACCAAAGUCGAAGAAAUCUAAUUCGCCGUCUUUAUCAGCAGAUAUAGUUACACUCGUAGAAGACGAAGCUGGGUGUUCUGAUCAAGAAGAUAAAGAACUUCACAGCAAUAAUGGAGUUGAUCAUCAACUUGAAAAAACAGCCAAUCAAACUCAAGGUGAUGACCAAAUAGGCAAAUCAACUUUUACGGAAAAAGAUCGUGAACCUGAAUGCAAUCAUCUUAAAAUGGACGGUUCCAAAAUAUUAAAUGGGAAUUGUGGUUCUAAUCGCGCAUUACGCUCUUCAACGACAUCCAAAUACGAUCUUAAUAAGUCACAUGCCCUUGACAGACUCAAACUUGGCCAAGCACUAGACAAUGCCAUCAGUGAAAUUUUUAAGUCCUACACUUACUUUACUAAGUAUCCUAUUCAAAUACGUCGUUUGAAAAAUUUGGCCCAAGCGUACCUUCAACCUACAAGCUACUAAUGUGACCCCUACUUUCCUGUUGAUUAAUAGCCUAUGGAAUAAUAUUCUCUGCGGUGUGAGAGGAGUAGAAAACUAGAAACUUGUUAGUUACGACCCACGUUCUCUACCUCACUCAGCAAACGAGCAGAAUCAACAAAUCCUCUUGGAUUAAAUUUCAUUCAGCUGCAUGAACAAUAUCGUGCGUGGGUCAAAUUUGUUUCAGCUAUCUACCUCGUUCCCUGCCACUCACUUUCUCUUAAACCCCAUUUUUUGUUUCCUUUUUUUGUUUUUCAAAUAUUGUUUUUUCCUGUGUACAUAUAAUUUUGGUUUUGUUCCGUCUUUGUCUCCGGCAAUUUCCUCUUAGAUAGUACGCAAUGAAAUGAUUUUGUUUAAAUCGUGAUCUCUUUGCUGAUUUGACUAAGAAUUGAGUUUUCAGCAAUAGUGAUACGCAAAUACAGUUCGAACUUUUCGAUGACGAAA